UUUUAUUAGGGUGAAUGUUGAAAUAAAUAUACUCAUUAUGAGAACAUUUAAUUUAGUCUGACAUCCACUGGGUUUUAUUUCAAUAGGCACCAUUCCAAGAAAGAUGGAGACUGGAAAUGGCACAAUGGUGACAGAGUUCAUUAUUUUGGGGUUAACAGAAGAUCCUACUCUUUGUUCAGUAUUCUUUGUGGUCUUUCUAGGAAUCUACAUUGUUACCAUAUUGGGCAAUAUCAGCAUAAUCAUGUUAAUCCGAAGAAGCCCUCAGCUUCACACCCCUAUGUACCUCUUCCUCAGCCAUUUGGCCUUUGUGGACAUCGGCUAUUCCACAUCAGUCACACCUAUCAUGAUUGUGAGUUUCCUGAGGGAGAGAACUGCUAUCCCUGUUGCUGCCUGCAUAGCCCAGCUUGGCUCUGAUGUUGUCUUUGGGACAGCAGAGUGCUUCCUGCUGGCCACCAUGGCCUAUGAUCGCUAUGUGGCCAUCUGCUCCCCACUUCUCUACUCCACACACAUGUCUCCUAGGGUCUGCAUCAUUUUGUUGAUUGCUUCCUAUGUGGGUGGGUGUGUGAACUCUUCAUCAUUUACUGGCUGCUUACUGAGCUUGACUUUCUGUGGACCAAACAAAAUCAACCAUUUCUUCUGUGACCUCCCACCACUGGUGAAGCUUUCUUGUACCCAUAUUUAUGUUGCUGAAAUAUCUCCUGCUGUCUCAGCUGGGUCAAUCAUUGUAAUCACACUGUUUAUCAUAAUUGUUUCAUAUCUGUACAUCCUCCACUCAAUCCUGAAGAUGUGCUCCACUGAGGGAAGGCACAAGGCUUUCUCCACCUGCACCUCCCACCUCACUGCAGUCACUCUGUUUUAUGGGACAGUUACAUUCGUUUAUGUUAUACCAAAGUCAAGCCACUCAGCUGAUCAUACUAAAGUGAUGUCUGUGUUCUACACAGUAAUAAUCCCCAUGCUGAACCCUCUGAUCUACAGUCUGAGGAACAAGGAGGUGAAAGAGGCCAUGAGAAAAUUGAUAGUGAGAAUACAUUCCUCAUUUGAAAGAAAUCCAGUGUGA